UUAUUCGGUGGCUCUACCAGCACAACUCCUGUUACAUCUUCAACUGUUUCCUCAAACUCACAAGUUAAAGAUCAAUUAAAAGCACAAAUUGGUCAAGAAUUAGCUAUUGCAAAUGCAACUGAAUUAGUUAACAAAAUCACAGAUAACUGUUUCCAACAGUGUCAAAAACAACCAUUUGCUACCGGUGAAGAAAACUGUACAGAUAGAUGUCUUGAGAAAUAUAUGAGAGCAUGGAACGCAAUUUCAAAAACUUAUAUUGCUAGAAUUCAACAAGCUAGU